AUGGCGUCCUCCGUCUCUGGUAUCUGCUCGUCCUCCCCCUCCCUCAGGCCGAAGAUGCCGCCCGCCUCCGCCGCGAAGCCGUCGGCCUCUGGCAGGAGGGAGGCGGCCUCAAUCUCGUUCCCGAGCGGCGCCAGGCUCCCCGCCAUCGACCGGGUGUUGUCCCUGUCGCUGGCCCGAUCGGUCGCGAGGGGGAUCUCGGUGGACCUAGGCAAGGCCGACGGCGCGGCGAAGAACGAGAGGUGCGAGCUAGAGGGCUGGGGAGGAUUCCCGCUCGCUAUGGACGAGGUACGUGGACUGGCUACACCAGCACCGGAGCUAGGGCUUUUCCUUGGACAUGAGCCGAAUCGGGUCCACGGACGAGUUCGUGGAGGAGAUAGAGCCUCGGUUCUAGGCCGCGUUCAAGGCGAUGGAGGAGUUGGGGAAGGGCGCGAUCGCGAACCUGGCCCAGACGAGGGCUGCACGGUCGGGCACUAUUGGUUGAGGAAGUUGGAACUCGCGCCGGCCAGGUUCCUGAAGGCGCAAAUUAAGAGCACGCUUGACGCGUCGAUAGAUCGGUAUCCUUUGCUAAUGGAACAAGUGGAGAGUAGUAGUGGUUAUCAGCACAUAAUUGAUGUAGAGAAAAAUGGGGACGCCUCAUUGACAGCAUCUCAUGGUGACCAGCAAUGCAGGGUAGACUCGACAGAGGAUGAGGAUGGACUUUCGCCUAUCAUGCCAGCCCCUGCGGAUCAAACAACUGUAAAUUCAUUAAACAGAUUGAACUCCGUGAAUUCCUCUAGCACGAGAAGAAGGAGUGAUGAUUACCACCAGCAUCGAACCAGUCCAUUGAAUUCUGGACUAUGGAUUUCAGUGGAGAUAGUUGUCACUGUGGGUCAAAUUAUAGCAUCCAUAGUGGUUUUGUCAUUGUCAAGACAUGAAAAUCCAGAGGCUCCCCAAUUUGCAUGGGUUGUAGGUUAUGCAUCUGGUUGUGUGGCAACGCUGCCUAUUCUUUACUGCCGUUAUCAUUCUCGCAACCGUGGUAGUGAUCAGCAGUCCGUCGAUCCCAUCGAGGGACUUCUCAUAGCAUCAAUCGAGCCUAGCUCUUAUACAGCUAUCUCUGUCACACAAUCCACAGAUGAGGGCAAUCAACAUUUUGAAGAAUCGGCAUCAUGGAAUGGCCAAAUUGCAGACACUCUGAGUUCACGAAUUAGUGGGCUGGUGGACCAUUUCAAGAUGGCCUUAGACUGUUUUUUUGCUGUAUGGUUUGUUGUCGGCUAUGUGUGGAUUUUUGGAGGUCACUCUUCACCUUCUGAUACUCCGAAACUGUAUAGGUUAUGUAUAGUAUUUCUAACUUUUAGCUGUAUUGGAUAUCCCAUGCCUUUUAUACUAUGUGCAACAAUUUGUUGCUGCCUACCUUGCAUAAUGUCUGUUCUGGGCAUCCGAGAAGACUUUUCGCAGACAAGAGGAGCCACCUCAGAAAUCAUCAAUGCUCUUCCUAUCUACAAAUUCAAGGUGAAGCAAGACUUAAAUGCUGAAGGUGAGGAAUUUAACACAGGAGGAAGUGAAGGCGGGGUCUUGGCUCCAGGGACAGAAAGGGAGUGUUUCUUGUCGGGAGAAGACGUGGUUUGCUGUAUUUGCUUGUCAAGAUAUGCAGAUAACGAUGAACUUAAAGAGCUACCUUGUCACCAUGUCUUCCACGUUGAGUGCAUUGAUAAAUGGUUAAAGAUCAAUGCCUCAUGCCCCCUCUGUAAAAGUGAGAUUAGCGAGAGCAGUGGGCUUUCGCAAUCUGACAGAGACAGCUAGAACUGAGGACGAGUUUCAUGUAGCUCAAGAAUUUGCAUAAGGGAGCUGCCCAUGAAUGUGCCAACUACAAUGUUUGCUCAUCGGACUUACGAUGAAACAGGGCCUCUU